UUGAAAACAGACACACACUGGUCAAUUGCUACCCCUGAAACAUGCUGGCUAUGUGCUCUAUGCGUCACCAAAGUUCUUGAACACGUUUCCUCAUCCAUAAGAUCAAGGUGUCUGCAACUGCUGAUAUUCAUGCUGGUGAAAAUCAACAUGCCUCUUCCAGACACUGUUUGAUGUCAGAGACAGGAGCAGGACUGAAUACUCUUAUCCUUCUUGUCAGCUGCAGAUAGCGUGGAAGAUGAACUGGAAAUGGCCACCGUCAGGCAUCGGCCCGAGGCUCUCGAGCUUCUGGAAGCCCAGAGCAAGUUUACCAAGAAGGAGCUCCAGAUUCUUUACAGAGGAUUUAAGAAUGAAUGUCCCAGCGGGGUUGUUAAUGAGGACACCUUCAAGGAGAUUUACUCGCAGUUCUUUCCACAGGGAGACUCUACAACAUAUGCGCAUUUUCUGUUCAAUGCAUUUGAUACGGACCACAAUGGAGCAGUAAGUUUUGAGGAUUUCAUCAAGGGUCUUUCUAUUUUGCUUCGGGGGACAGUACAAGAAAAACUCAACUGGGCGUUUAAUUUGUAUGACAUAAAUAAAGAUGGCUACAUCACUAAAGAAGAAAUGCUUGAUAUAAUGAAAGCAAUAUAUGAUAUGAUGGGUAAAUGUACAUAUCCUGUCCUCAAAGAAGAUGCUCCCAGACAACAUGUUGAAACAUUUUUCCAGAAAAUGGACAAAAACAAAGAUGGAGUCGUUACCAUAGAUGAAUUCAUCGAAAGUUGUCAAAAAGACGAAAACAUCAUGCGCUCCAUGCAGCUCUUCGAAAAUGUGAUUUAACUUGUCAAAUACAUCCUCAAACAGACAAACGUGAACGAUUCUAUCACACAAAGCUGGAGCUACCACUUUUAGCAUAGAUUGCUCAGCUUUACAAUGAGGCAUAUUAUGCAAACAAGCUUUGUUUUAACAUAAAGCAACCCCCAAAAGAUUUGAGUUUUCCGUUUAUAAAUCUGCAUCCUUUUCAUAAUGCCACUGAGUCCAUGGGAUGUUCUAAGUCAUUUCAUACCCUGUGAAUAUUCAAAAGGAAUAGAAUCUGGCAUAUAGUUUUAUUCAUUCUCUAGCCAUGUGAUUAUUGAAGCUUUCACAUUAUUGGUGAUUUUAAAAUAUGUUUUUUGCUACUCACGUGUAUGUAUUCAGUCCCAGGAUUUUAAAUGGUUUUCUAAAUACUAGCAUCUGUACUUAAUUUCCAGCUAUUAGUUUCCAUGUUUGAAUACUGUAAUUCCAGUUAUACUUUAAGUAAACAAGAUUACUAUAAUUGGAAACACACACACACACACACAUAGUCCGUUUCUCUGGAUUUGCUGCCUUCUGUUAAGACAUUCAUCUGGCAUUUUUUAUAACAUGAAACAAAUUAGUUUAUCACCAGAUGUCAGCAUAUGCCUAAUAGAGCUUAUUUAAUAAGCAUUCUCAAUUUUUCAUAAUACAUAUUAUAGCCAAGGCCUACAUGAUAUAUGUAAUUUUGGAUUUGUUCAAUCCUAUAAGUUGACUGUUUUCUGUCACUAAGUGAAGUCCAAGAAGGUGUGAAACAAAGCAAGGAUGCCCACAGGCUUAUGAAAAGGGUCAGGACAUCUGUCCUCUAGGCCAUGGCAAUGCUUAGCAAGUUCAUUCUUAACCACAUUCAAGGCCUAUUGCAUUCUGACUCCCUCCUGGCACCUUUACAUUAUGUGCCAUUCAGGGACAAAGAAAUCUUGGUUACCCCAAUGCCUACUAGGUACAAACAGCAAGAAUUCACUUUGAAAGCACCACUGAUUCCAUUAUAUUAAGCACUAGAAUACCCAAAUUUAGUAGAAAAUGAAUAUAAAUGCUAAGCAACUCCUCUGGAUUGUAUUAUGAUUUAGCUCAUCAUAAAACUCCAAUUAUUCAGAUUAUUUUUAAUGACCUUAAGCCAAAAUUGUAAAGCUGCCACGGUAUUACUAAAGAUACACACACCUUCCUUGUUUUGCAGAAAUAUCACCAAGAUCAAGAGGCUAGAGUAGGAGGAAAUUUGCAACUGUCUCUGCAACAAUAAAUCAGGUAUCUAUUCUGGUGUAGACAUAGGAUGUUGAAAGCUGCCCUGCUAUCACCAGUGUAGAAAUUAAGAGUAGUACAAUACAUGUACACUGAACUUGGCCAUCGCGUGUUUGUGUAAACUCAAUGUGCACAUUUUGUAUUUCAAAAAGAAAAAAUAAAAGCAACUAAAAUGUUUAUAACUCUA